CGCCGCGCUUUACGGUAAGGCCGCCCGGCGGGGAGGGAGGCGGUGGUGGGCCGCUCCCGCCAUGGACCGCAGGAAGAAACCGCUGGACGUGGCCGCGUCCUCGCUGGUGGAUCUCAAAGCUGAACUCUUCCGAAAGCAAGAGGAGUUCAAGAAAGAAAAGCUGUUGAAAGAUGCUGGUGUCUUUGCAAAGCCCAGAACCUCUAAUAAGAAGCCCAGUAUCUGGACCAAGCAGAACACGGGAGUUGGAAAUCGAGCUGCGAAAGAUGUUGAGCAGAAGGCAGAAGAGCAGGAUAUAUUGGAUAAAUCAAGGAAGAAGCUUGAAGAGAAAGCAAAGCUGUAUGAGAAAAUGACAAAAGGAGACUUCCCAGAUGAAGAAACUGAGGAUUUGUACCUGGUGGAUUUCACUCAGAAGAUCAUAGACAAACAGCACGAAGUACAGGAGCUGCAGCAGAGUGAAGCUGCUGGGAAGACUUCAGAAAGAGACACAGAUGAGGAGGAAACUCAGCCUGAAGCAGACAUUCCACCACCAGAGGACCCGGAUGAGGAAUGGGUUGAUUAUGUUGAUUUCUUGGGCCGAUCUAGACGCUGCAUGAAGAAGGAUUUACCAAGUCUACUUAAAAUGGAUCAGGAGCUUCAAGGGAAAAGACAAGAGCCUGAUGGGAAUACUCUGUUAUCUGAAGACAUGAGAAGAGAACUUCAGAGGCAGCAGUGGGAAAAGGAAGAGGAAGAAGCCCUCAGAAAACCCAUGGGACCCAUACAUUAUGAGGACAUUCGAGACAAUGAGGCCAGGCAGCUCGGUGUUGGUUACUUUGCCUUUUCUCGGGACCAAGAGCUCAGGCAUAAACAACGGGCAACCCUGGAUAUGCUGAGGGAGCAGACACUUGAUCAGAGAAAUAAACGUGAGCAGCUGAAGGAGAAGAGGAAAGCAGCUCUAGAUGCAAGGCUGUCCAAACUUCGAGCACGGAAGAUUAAAAAGUUAAGGGAAGCUGGAUUAGAGGAAGAGGCAGAAAAACUGGAGAAUGGAGAGGUGAAAGGUGCUGCUGAGGAACCAGAACCUCCAAGAGCUACUGCAGCAAGUAGGAAGGUGGAGGUCAUCAUCCAGGAGAGGAGAGACACAAAGCCUGGAGUGCCUUAUGUCCGAGAGUGGGAUAAAGGCAAAGAACUAAUGUUUGGACAAUGGGAAAAGAAACAGGAAGAGCUUAGAGAUGAGCGAGACCCAGAAUUUGCACCACCUUCUGAUUACUUUUUGGGACAAAAGAAAGAUGAUUAUCUCCGAGGUCGGAAUCUGAACAGUUCUGAAACCUCCUCUGAAAAACUGGAAACAGAGAGAGCACAAAACCCACAGAGGCCAUCGGUGCCAGGGGGCGGUGGCAGCAGCACUGGAGAUGUGCCACUGUCACCACAGCCUUCCAACAGCAGCGUUCCAGUUCAGCCAGGCUCAGCAGAGCCCAGUGGCCGUGACACUCAGGGCGUGUCAUCAGCAGAGGAUGACAGCAGCGAUGACGAGGACGUGCCACCACCAGCACAGGCUUACGGCUUCGGUGCCCGAGGUGUGCCCCCCCCGCUGCGGGGUUACGGCUACAGCGCCCGGGCUGUGCCCCCGCCCAUGCCAGCCUACGGCUAUGGCACUGCCCAGGUGCCCUUCCCAGUGCAGGCCUACGGCUAUGGGGCACCAGCAAUGGUGCCACCGAUGCAUGGGUACGGCUAUGGCACUCCUGAGGUGCCCUUUGCAAUGCAGGCCUAUGGCUACGGCACCCAGGAUGUGCCCCCAGGAAUGCCCACCUGCGGAUGCAGCGCCCAGGAUGUGCCCCCAGGAAUGCACACCUGCGGAUGCAGCUCUCAGGAUGUGCCACCAGGAACACAGGUCUGUGACCUCAGCAGCCAGGAUGUGCCACCAGGAAUACACACUUGUGGAUGCAGCAGCCAGGAUGUGCCACCAGGAACACACACCUGUGACUGCAGCAGCCAAGAGAUGCCACCAGGAGCAGACACCUGUGACAGCAGCACGCAGGAUGUGCCACCAGGAACAGAGGACAGUGGCUGCAGCACUCAGGAUAUGGCACCUCCAGCUCAGACUGACAGCAGUGACACUCCAAAUCAGGAACCACUUUACCAAAGUUUAGAUGAUAUGCUCUCUUAUUACAGACAAGUGACUUGAGCUGAGCAAAAAGAUAAGCAAGAACAAUGAUCUAAAGAACUGGAAUAUAAUUAAUUCUGCUCAGCAGAAUAUUAUUUUCCCACAUAUGGGAAAAAUAAGUUUCUGUAAGUACAUCAGAAUAAAUUUCCUGGACACCUAAGCUGUUUCACAUCACAGCUGUAUUUUGCCCUGUUGUUUUUUUUUAUUCUCCCCUCUUUACUAAAAUUCAACUCUUUGACACUUGGACCUGAACUUAAGGGUAUAUUAAUUACUUGUUAGCAAGAGAUAAACUCAUUUAGUUGGUUGCUCCCAGCUGGCUUCUGGUUUGGAGGUACUACAAGUUCAGUGACAUCCAUAGAAAUGGAUGGAAGCAUGGAAAUGGUAGGUCCUCUGCUGUCAAACACAGAAUGAUUUUGUUCCUCACUUAAUCUCCUCCCUUUUAGGAAGUGCAUAUUAUCUAGAACAAUGGUGGUUCACAUGGCCUCUGCAUUCCUGAGGUCCAUAUGUAGCUCAUAAUUCUAUGCAGCAUUUAGAGUGGAGACAUUGCAGAAGCCAGUAAGUAAUGAUGGGUAGGCUGAAAAUAAACAAAACACUGAAGCAGAACCUUUGACACCUGAAAUUCUUACUGGUUUAGAAGAUCCUCUCAUAAUUCUCCAAGUGUGUUUUUCUUGCAUAAGGAGUUACAUAUAUGGCUUUAUUUAAUACUUUUUUUCCAAAAACUGUGAUACUGGAGUCAUAAAAGCAGACCAAUCUCUACCAAACUAACUUUUAUUUCAGAAUCUUAGUAAAUGAGAAUACUUACUUGCCAUGUAGAUGAUUUCUAUUUCUGAAGGUAAUUUAGAUAACUCCACUUGUAUUUUAAAACCCUGAUACAAGGAUAAGACCUAGCAAAAUAGGUUAGAAUGGGCAAUUGCAUAGAUUGUUAAAUGGCAGAGAUAAAAUAAUGAACAUUUAAAUGCAACAGUGAACUGGCCAAAGAGACAAAACUGAUUUGCUCCUCUUGUGUGCUUCAGUCAGAUCUCAGGCUGCUCUGCAAGCCUGGUGAACAGCAAGAUGUUCAGUGUGACUGAAGAAUAUGCAGAACAUAUUCUGUCCUCAAAUUCUGCUUUAGCCUCAGCUCCUACAUCACUGCCUUUUGCACUGGAAUUUGCAGAGCACGAACAGUACAUUACAAUUACAUGUUAAUUUAACCUCAGAAUACUUUUCUGAAGUAAUACAAUACCACUAUCCCAAUUUUGAAGAAAAUGAGGAUGGAAAAUGUCUUAGAGAAGGUCACACCCAGUUUUCCAGGCUGGCUGAUUUACACUAAGGAAGUUUCCUUUUCUAAGACCUCACAGAAUCAGUGUCUGGAAGCCAUUCAGAGCAGGGUAUAAUUUCCUUGGAGCUCCACUAACUCUAAAGAGUGGGCAAAGUCUUUUCAAACACUAGAGCUUGACUUGAAUUGAUUAUGGCAAUUGUAUCCCUCAAUAGAUUUUCCUACAAAGAAUAUUUGUGUUUAUUUGCUGCUAUUUUAAUUUUAAUCCAUUUCCAGCUGCCUUUUGGACUUUGUUUUUUCUGUGCCCUUCAGACUGUGAUAAUUUUAUGUGUAUCUAUGGUUUAGCAGUUAUGUUGUCUUUGCAUUAGUUUAACAUUGAGCUGGAGCUGCAGUAAGGAAUGAAAUGCCAUUUAUUACAUAGUGUUAUGUAAAAAGA